AAAGUACUGAAUCCAUCUAUGAUCCCUGGGACACCUGCAGCGAUGCUCCCAGCCACGGAAGCAGCCAAGAUCUACCAGACCAACUAUGUCAGGAACUCUCGUGCCAUCGGGGUCCUGUGGGCCAUCUUCACCAUCCUCUUCGCCAUCGUCAACGUGGUAUGUUUCGUUCAGCCCUACUGGAUCGGGGAUGGCAUGGACACGCCACAGGCCGGCUACUUCGGCCUCUUUCACUACUGCAUAGGUAGUGGAAUUUCCCGGGACCUGACGUGCCAGGGGAGCUUCACAGAGUUUAGCUCCAUCCCGUCUAGCGCCUUCAAAGCUGCGUCCUUCUUCAUUGGGAUGUCCAUGGUGUUGGUCCUCUCCUGCAUUGGCUCCUUCGCCUUCUUCUUCUUCUGCAGUACAGCCACUGUGUAUAAGAUCUGUGGGUGGAUGCAGCUGGCAGCAGGUACGUGUCUGGUGUUGGGCUGUAUGAUAUAUCCUGAUGGCUGGGAUGCUGAUGAGGUGAAGAGGAUGUGCGGAGAAGGGACGGACAAAUACACCAUUGGAGCAUGCUCAGUGCGCUGGGCGUACAUCCUGGCCAUUAUGGGCAUCAUGGACGCCCUUAUUCUCUCUUUCCUGGCUUUUGUGCUGGGCAACAGGCAGGAUGGACUCAUGUCCGAGGAGCUGCUGGGAGACAAGAGUGGAAAUGCAUAGACGCCAGAUACACUCAGGUGUUUCUGUCUCGUUCAAGGAAAAUCAUUAUGUGAAAUCACAAUCCAGCUUUAUCCAUCAUCCUGAGGGCAGGAAGCCUGACUGAAGCAGUUAAAGGAUGCAAACAGGGUGAAUGGAGUUGGGAACUCGCUGCUUUUCUGUCCAUAUCCCUUCUUUUCACUUCACUCCCUGGAAUUGCUUCUCAACAAAUCCCUACCGUACUUUAAUUUACAGUGUUCUGUACUACUAACAUGAUAGGGCAGCUAAUGCACCGUUUAGAAGUAACUUGACUUGGAUUAAUAAUAAUAAUAAUAUUUAUUUAUUUUACAUUGUGUUCUCCUUUAAAGGCCUGCAUUACAAUAAUGUUAAUAUUUUGGGAUUUAUGAAUUACUGUAAAACACUGUUCUAUUUGACUGGAUUUUCCAAUAUAGAAGGAAACAUUUACAGGAUUAGAUUGUGGGAUGUACAUUCUGGCACAGAGCUGCACCACAGACAUUACUGGCUUGUUAUUAUUUCUGUCACUUCCAUCCCUGGACCAAAAAAAAAAAAAAAAAA